AUGUCAGAGUGGAAUGAGACCCACAAUGUCUCCUACAUUGACUUCUUCUUGGUAGGCUUCCCCGGGCUGAAUGAGAGCCGGUCCCUCCUAAUCCUUCCAGUCUCCUGCAUAUACUUGGUGAUCCUUUUAGCCAACAUGUUGGUCAUCUAUACUGUGGUGGUCCAGAGAAGCCUGCACCAGCCCAUGUAUGCACUCAUUGCCCUGCUUCUGACAGUCAAUAUUUGUUCUGCUACUGUUGUCAUGCCCACUAUGCUUGUUAGCUUCUCUACCCACUACUACCAUAUUUCUCUUUCAUGCUGCUUCAUCCAAAUGUUCUUUCUGUAUUUUUUCAUCAUCUUUGACUGUGGCAUUAUCUUGGUCAUGGCUCUAGACCGUUACGUUGCCAUCUGCUAUCCACUACGCUAUCCAGAAAUUGUGACAGGGCAGCUGUUGGCUGGGUUGGUGAUCUUAGCAGCAUUAAGGAGUACAUGCAUUGUUGUCCCUGUGGUAGGACUGGCUGCAAGAGUCCGCUUCUGCCGCUCCAACAUCAUCCGUCACUUCACCUGUGAGCACAUGGCCCUGAUGAAGCUGUCCUGUGGGGACAUCUCACUCAAUAAGACAGUGGGGCUUGCAGUCCGAGUCUUCAACCGGGUCCUGGACAUGUUGCUCUUGGGCACCUCCUACACACGCAUCAUCCAUGCUGCCUUCCGGAUCUCCUCUGGGGGUGCCCGCUCCAAAGCCCUGAAUACUUGUGGCUCCCACCUGCUAGUCAUCUUCACUGUCCACUCCUCCUCAUUUAUUUCUUCCAUUGUCUAUCGCAUAGCCCGCACUGCUUCCCAGGAUGUACACAAUCUGCUCAGUGCCCUCUACCUUCUACUUCCUUGCCUUGUCAACCCUGUUAUCUAUGGAGCCAGAACCAAGGAGAUCCGGCAACACUUGGUCAAGAUAUUUCAGAGAGCAGGACCUCAGGCCACUUCAAAAAAUACCCAUCCUUAGCCCCACAAAGAGAUCUUC